AUGAAUAUGCUGAUAAAGAGAGUCAUUGCAAUCAAGAAUCCAAGGGCUGAUAAUAAUAAGCUCUCAGAUUUGGAAACCCUCGCCGACAAAUGUGCAACACCCCCCUUGACUUUGAUGCGUCUAAUGGGUUUCUUCGUUGUUUCUUUCAUGCUCUUCUCUGUUCUCUUCUCACUAUCCGUUGUUCUUCGAGACCCUCCCUCUGAUGCCGCUACUUUCUUCCAACUCAAUCAAGGUUUGGGCAGUGAUGACUUUGAUUCUGUUGAGUUGCUAAACGAUAAACUGCUUGGUGGCCUUCUCGCUGAUGGAUUUCACGAAAAAUCUUGCCUCAGCAGGUAUCAGUCACCCAUUUUCGGCAAAGGACUAUCAGGAAAACCUUCUUCUUACCUUAUUUCUAGACUCAGAAAAUAUGAAGCUCGACACAAACAGUGCGGUCCUUAUACUGAAUCUUAUAACAAAACGGUGAAAGAAUUUGGUUCUGGUCAAUUUUCCGACUCCUUGGAUUGUAAAUAUGUAGUAUGGAUUUCGUUUAGUGGGUUGGGAAAUAGGAUAUUGACCCUAGUUUCAGCAUUUCUUUAUGCUCUCCUCACUGAUCGCGUUCUACUGGUUGACCCUGGAGUGGAUAUGACUGAUCUAUUUUGUGAACCAUUUCCAGAUGCUUCCUGGUUUGUGCCUCCCGAUUUUCCUCUCAACAGCCAUAUCAAUAGUUUCAACCAGGAAUCAAAUCAGUGUCACGGUAAAAUGCUGAAAUCCAAAUCAAUUACAAAUUCCACUGUGCCAUCUUUUGUUUAUCUUCAUCUAGCCCAUGAUUAUGAUGAUCAUGACAAGCUUUUCUUCUGUGAUGAAGAGCAGCUUUUUCUCCAAAAUAUACCUUGGUUAAUUAUGAAAACAGAUAAUUAUUUCAUCCCAUCUCUGUUCUUGAUGCCAUCUUUCGAGCAGGAGUUGAAUGAUCUCUUCCCAAAGAAAGAAAAAGUUUUCCAUUUCUUGGGUAGAUAUCUCUUACACCCAACAAACAAUGUGUGGGGACUUGUUGUCAGAUACUAUAAUGCAUACUUAGCUAAAGUUGAUGAGAGAAUAGGCAUACAAAUCAGAGUGUUUGACACCGAUCCCGGUCCAUUUCAACAUGUACUGGAUCAGGUCUUAGCUUGUACUUUGAAGGAGAGUAUUUUGCCUCAUGUUAACCGCGAGCAGAAUCUUAAUCCUUCAUCAGGAACACCAAAGUCAAAAGCUGUACUGAUAACAUCGUUAAGUUCUGGUUAUUUUGAAAAGGUAAGAGACAUGUAUUGGGAAUAUCCUACAGAAACAGGAGAAGUCGUUGGCAUUUACCAGCCAAGUCAUGAAGGUUAUCAACAAACUCAGAAGCAGUUUCACAACCAAAAAGCUUGGGCAGAAAUGUAUCUCUUAAGCUUAACCGAUGUUCUAGUUACUAGCUCAUGGUCUACUUUUGGAUAUGUGGCUCAGGGGCUUGGAGGUUUGAAACCAUGGAUACUCUACAAACCAGAGAAUCGAACCGCCCCAAAUCCGCCUUGUCAACGUGCCAUGUCAAUGGAGCCAUGUUUUCAUGCUCCUCCCUUUUAUGACUGCAUGGCUAAGAGAGGAACUGACACUGGUGCACUUGUUCCACAUGUAAGGCACUGUGAGGAUAUGAGUUGGGGCCUUAAGCUUGUAGACAAUUAG